AUGACCCGUCUUCAAGGUUUGAUGUUCUUGAACCUGUCUGUAAAUCAUCUUGAAGGACAACUUCCUAUGGAGAUCGGCGCCAUGACAUCCUUGGAGUCUCUUGAUCUCUCCAGGAACAAACUUUCGGGUGUUAUUCCACAAAGCCUUGCAGGUAUAUCAUUCUUGAGCCAUUUAAAUGUGUCGUACAAUAACUUCUCAGGCAGAAUUCCAUCAGGCACUCAAAUCCAAGGCUUUAAUGCGAGCUGUUUUAUUGGUAAUCUUGAGCUCUGUGGGCCGCCUCUCAGAGAAACUUGUAUUGGAGAUGAUCUCCCAGAGGUUCCAAUACCAGGGCCUGCUGAUGAAGAGGACGAUGAUGAUUGA